GACGGGUCGAGGUAGAAUUUUCUCUGUCUCGACGCCUCAGCGGUCAUCACUUGUGUCUCUUUCUGCAGUGAAGUUAGAUUUGCCGUCCUGAUACAAUAUCCAAUAUUCCUCUUGCACUGAACGCCAGGAGAGUAGGCCAGGGGCAAGUUUUAGGCUUUUAGCUUCCAAAAACGACUGGUAACCAGCAGGUCCGAAUGCAGAUAGGAGUUGUUGUUGCACACUAGAUGUUUGGGUUAUUGCAAAAGUGAAUAUUAAUGAGCUAAGAGGUAGAGCAAACAUAACCCUAUGUCCGCCUCAAGCCUGGGCCUGGGCUGCUAAUGCUGGCUCUCCGAACUGCAAGUCAAAGUUGGUUCGAAGGACAGAAUGGAUUUUAACAUGGAGAAUGGAAUUGGAAAAUUUCUUCGGUUGAUGUAUCAUAAGUUCGUAUCUUUCAUGGAUAGUACCCUGCAAAAGUUGUUUUUUGCACUUCUAUGUGUAGGUCCAAUCCCAUAUCACAUUGCCUUCAUCAUGGAUGGGAAUCGUAGAUAUGCCAAAUCCCGGAAAUUGGCACCUGGUGCUGGUCACAGAGCUGGGUUUUCUUCUUUGAUUCAGAUCCUUGAAUGUUGUUACAAGAUAGGUGUAAGGUAUGUAACUGUAUACGCUUUCAGCAUUGACAAUUUCAAGCGGGAUCCUAGUGAAGUUAAGUAUAUCAUGGAUUUAAUGAUGGAAAAGAUUGAUGAGUUGCUCAAGGAAGAGAGCAUUGUGAAUAGUCAUGGGGUUAGAAUUAAUUUCUCUGGGGAUUUGAAGCUCUUGCAUGAGCCUGUCAGACUAGCAGCUGAGAAGGCAAUGAGAGCUACUGCCAAGAACACCAAUGUAGUACUAUCGGUUUGUGUUGCCUAUACAUCUGCAAAUGAGAUUGUGCAUGCUGUUGAAGAAUCAUGUAAAGAAAAAUUAACCCAAGCUCAGGAAGCAAAUUCAAAUUUCAAUGGAAAAAAAGUAGAUAUUCUUGGUGGAUACAACAACCCUUUAUUGGAGGAAGAAUCUUGUAUUGCUUUGGCAGAUCUGGAGAGACACAUGUAUCUAUCUGAAUGUCCAGAUCCUGAUAUAUUGAUUCGGACUUCUGGUGAGACACGGCUGAGCAAUUUCCUUCUCUGGCAGACGACUUUCUGCUAUUUGCAUGUCCUAAAUGCAUCUUGGCCGGAGAUGUCUCCUUGGUGGCUGGGCUGGGUGAUCUUGCAUUACCAAAGGUCAAAGUCUUACAUAGAUAAGAAAAAGAAGCAGUCAUAAGUCUUCACUCCAUCAAAUAUUUACAUUUGUAGAUUGUACUAUGAAGCCCAAACCACAUAUAUCUUCUUUAUAAGUUUGAAAUCUAGUUGAGGUUAUUUAUCAAAGAAAAAAAAAGCUACUUGAGGUUUUUAAUUUCUUGUUCCCCUACUCUCAAGGAAAUUGUUUUUCUUGUCUUUUGCCUUUUCUUUUUCUUUUUUUGUUCAGUAGAAUUCUAUGUUACAUGUUUAUGAGUAUGUAUGUAUGUAUGUGACAAGAACUUGAACAAAGUUAUUGAGUUUACCAAAGUGUAGAAGGCCACUACCUAAUGCUGAUCCUGACAAUGAUUUGUGGGAGGGGUGGACUGGAUUUGGACCUAA